UCACCUCACCACAUCACCUGUGAUCUGCUCUGCACACCCACUGCCCCACAAACAGGCACAAACCCACUCGGCUUUGCUUCAAAACCUCAGCCACAGCAGAAUGUUUAAAAAACUCACCAAAUUCAUCGUAAAGCAAAUGGAUCCAUGCAAUGAAUUGGUCCCUGUGGAGAGCAUUGCAUACAAUGAGCACUUCAGGCCUCUCUAUCUACUGAAAAAAAAGAGAAAACCAAAAACCGUGUUCCACCCAACUCCCUACUACCAGCAGACAGGGUUCACACUGGAUGAUGUGCUGCUGCCUGGAGAAGAUGGGAAAAGCACAGAGCCUCUCCAUGAAGAUUCCAGCCAAUUUACACUCACAAAAACCAGCGCUGACCAAGCUGAUGGAGGUCUCAGCAUUUCAUUUGACCCUGCAAGUGUAGAUCUGCAAGGAGGUGCCUCCUUGUCCAAAGAGUUUUCCAUUACACCACAGAAGAAGAGGGUAUCACUGCAAUCACUGGAGGCACUGAGAAGAGAAAGAGAAAUAAACAUGGAUCAUUCCUUCAUCCAACAACUACAGAGAACAGACAUCGAUCUAUACGUGGUCACUGAAAUCCUUGAAGCCUCAGAGGAGACUGUCUACAAGGAAUCCAACAAGACAGAUGGGGGCUUGAAGGCCAGAUUUUAUGCUACACUCUGUGCAAAGGUUUGGCUUCUCCCUCCUUCCUUCCCUAACACCUGCACCCUCGUGUUCUCACCGGUCCUUUUCUUUAUCCAGGGCACCAGGGAGAACAAACAAACCAUAGUCAUACCCAAGGGCUGCACCCUGGCCUUCAGGACCAUCCCACUACACAUUAGAGAUGGAGCAUGGGAUCUGGAUUAUUUCCCAGUAGAAGCUAUCAAAAGUGCAGCAUAUGUAGCUGAUGGCCCCUCACAAGGAAAAUUAGGAAAAGUGGUGAGAGAAGUUAAAUACUCCUGCAGAAUUUUCCCCAUACUGUCUCCUGACCACCUGCUCAUUGUCUUCAACACCAUCAAAGCUGUGAUGAGAGACAAAAAACUCUUCCAAGAACUCAGCCAGAAAAUGGAAGAUAUUCCUGAGCAAAAUGAUGGUUAUGAGCUGAAAACUGAGAGCCCAGACUUAAAAGACCUGUUCAGCACCUUCCAGCAUUCUCCAGGACAUUGUCUCCUGCUGGCAGAAGGAAUCACCUACAUCCUUGAUGCUUUGCAUGAGUUAAUGGACGAUCAGCUGCUGCUGCUGCUGGAAUCCUUGGAAAGGAAGAUUCUGUCCCAACAGCUGAACCUGGUUGCACACCUUCUGAAUCAUGACCUGGAGGAUAGGAUGUGUCAUUUCCAUGUGGAUGCCAAGCUGCUCUCCUUCCCACACAAGGAGGAGCAGAUUUUAACCAUGGAACUGGUGGAGCUGAGUGGAGUGCAGCUCCAGGAAGAUGGAUCAGCUGUCUCUAGGGAUCAACCUUUGGAGGCUGUGGCAGCCUUGUUUGUGGCCCUGUAUACCCUCAAGCUCCUGAGUGGCUCCAAGUAGGACACAUCAGGCCCUGCUCAGGGAAGUCCUCUGCAUAGUCUUGGGAUAUCUCUGCUUACAAGACAGUUUUCUCUCCCAGUAUCAUCCUUGUUAGUAAACAAGGCUGCUUUGGCUGGCAAAAGGAAAUUUAAGGCAGGAAAACUCAUUAUGGAUAUUAAAGGUUAGAUAUCAAAGUGGAUUUGUUUCAGUGACACCUCCCUGGUCCCAACACUGCCAUCAUCCCUGAGAUGCUCGAGGAACACAGGCAGCAUUUCAGAGCAACCAUAUUCUCAUUAUCACUUUAUAAAUAAA